AUUGAUGUGGUUCUAAACAACAACAAUGUGUGUAAAGGCCCAGGGGCACUUCGGCAUUGACCAAGAGGAAACACAUGUUGCACAAUGAUAUGAUCUUGUUGGUACAAUUGUCAGAGCAGGGAACUCCCACAGCAAAGGGCAUAAAACCAUCAGGGCAGUCUGAGGCGGCUCAUUUCUGUGGUGCCCGGGAGUGGAGCAGAGCCCAGCCCUGCCCCAAACGCAGAUGGGACCAUGAACUCCAGCCACAGCUUCAGGCAGACCACCUUGGCCUCCUUCCAUGGAACCGGCAGUGGCUCGGGUCAGGCCAGGUGCUUCCCCCGGGCUCCCAGCGUCCAUGGCGGUGCGGGGGGUGUCCGCAUCUCCCUUUCCUACACCACGCCAAGCUGCCGGCCCCAUGGAGGGGCUUGGGGGCCUGGAAGAGGCAGUUCCCUCCUGGGUGGGAACGGGAAGACCACCAUGCAGAACCUCAACGACCGCCUGGCCUCCUACCUGGACAAGGUGCGCGCCCUGGAGGAGGCCAACGUGAAGCUUGAAAGCCGCAUCCUGCAGUGGCAUCAGCAGAGAGACCCUGGCAGUAGGAAAGAUUACUCCCAAUACGAGGAAAACGUCAGCCGCCUGCAGGAGCAGAUAGUGGAUGGUAAGAUGAGCAAUGCUCAGAUGAUUCUUCUCAUUGACAAUGCCAGGAUGGCCGUGGAUGACUUCAGCCUCAAGUAUGAAAAUGAGCACUCUUUUAAGAAAGACUUGGAAAUUGAACUUGAGGGCCUCCGAAAGACCUUGGACAAUCUGACCAUCAUCACAACAGACCUGGAACAGGAGGUGGAGGGAAUGAGGAAAGAGCUCAUCCUCAUGAAGAAGCACCACGAGCAGGAAAUGGAGGAGCAUCAUGUGCCAAAUGACUUCAAGGUCAAUGUGAAGGUGGAUACAACUCCGGGGGAAGACCUGAUUAAGAUCCUGGAGGAUAUGAGGCAAGAAUAUGAGCUUAUAAUAAAGAAGAAGCACCAAGACUUGGACACUUGGUAUAAAGAGCAGUCAGCAGCCAUAUCCCAGGAGGCGGCCAGUCCAGUGGUUGUUCAGAGAAGCCAAAGUGACAUCCAUGAACUAAAGCGCACUUUCCAGGCCCUAGAGAUUGACCUGCAGGCACAGUACCACAGGAAAUCUGCUUUGGAAAACACGCUGUCAGAGACCCAGUCUCGGUACUCCUGCCAGCUCCAGGACAUGCAAGAGAUCAUCUCCCACUAUGAGGAGGAACUGAUGCAGCUGCGCCAUGACCUUGAGCGCCAGAACAUCGAACACAAGGUGCUCCUGGGCAUCAAAACCCACCUGGAGAAGGAAAUCACCACCUACCGCCAGCUCCUGGAGGGAGAACGCGAAGGGACAAUGGAAGAAUCUAAGACGUGCAUGAAAGCGUCUGCAGCUCCAACGAUCAAGGCCAUCACACAGGAGAGCGUCAACGGAAGAAUAAUCCUUUCCCAAGUGAACGAGAUCCAAAAGUGUGCAUGAGGACAAGGAGAGUUUCUGCCUGUUAUAAAAACUAUUUUCCCCCAAUGGAAAGUCCCCACCCAGAUACUAAUGAGUGAGUCCUAAAAGGUAUCCUUGGAGGUAUCAAACUCAGAAACUUUCAUUUUUUUUUCUCUUUAACAAUCUCACCAGAUUUCCCAUAAUGCUCUUAAUAUAUUGCACUUUUUGAAUCUAAGUAUGAGCUUAUGAGUUUAAAGCUCUACUUUCCUACUAUAAUCUUCAGAUUCUCACCAUUGUGCAUCAGUUUUGUAGCCAAUAAAACUCCAGACCAGCUGCA